AUGACGCCGGUCAACGAGGUGGAUAUGUCGACUGACUACUAUGAGCUGCUGGCUAUUCCAGCUACUGCCUCAGAGUCAGAAAUCCGUCGCGCAUAUCGAAAGACAUCCCUGCUCUACCAUCCAGACAAAGUUAAACCAACCUCAGAAAAUUUGGAAAAGUUCCAACUGCUCCAGACCGCGAUCAAUAUCCUUACUGAUGCUACGGAAAAAGCCAAAUAUGAUCAGACUCGAGAGGCCAGACAAAGGCGUCUGGCAGAAGAGGCUGCGCUAGAGAGCCGAAGGCGACAAAUGAAAGAAGAUUUGGAGAAACGCGAGGGAAAUGUAACUGGCUUUCCCGCUUCAGUGAAUGGCGUGAAGAGGACAUGGAGCGAUAGAGAACUGGCCAUCAAGAGGAUCGCUGAGGAGAACAGAAGGAAAAGGGAAGCGGCAACUUUACAGAAGACUCAAGAAGCCCAAGCAAGAGCACAGGCAGAAGAAAAACCUAGCGAAGAUAUUGAACGAACUGUUAAGGUACGCUGGGUUAAAGAAGGGGAGGGAUUGGAAAUUGAUCGAGAUGCCCUUGAAGAAAAUUUCCCUGCGGGCGAUGUCGAACAUGUCCGCAUUCUCAAAGACAAGAAACGUCGGGUUGAAGGCCGAGACAAAAAGAUUCUGCUUGGAAGUGCUCUUAUUGUUUUCAAAUCUCUGGCCAUUGCGAAAGAGGUUGUCUCUCAAGGUCCAUGGAACGGUAUUGAAAGCGUGCAAUGGGCCGCCGCAGAAAAAGAGACUGGAGGUACUUGA